ACCAUGAUUCCAAUUGGCUUCGAAAGAUCUGGCAUCAGCUUGAAACGUCAAAUUUUAUUGAGCAGACGAAAAUUUUUGAGACGAUUUUCAACGUCUUCAUGAAUUUUAUUGCAUAAAAACUGUUUUAAUCCAGAUAAAACAAUAUAUUCGGCUUUGGUAAAUAGUAUUUAAACAUUUUUCAGACCAAAUUAAUUGCGAAUUAUGUCCUAUUAUACGCGUAAGGAGAUCGAUGAAUUGCACCCUGACAUUGCAGCUUUGACAAAGGGAGUAGCUGCUAGUGGCGAAGAGGAUCGCGUCAUAGGCACUAUCGAACACUGUUUACACAAUGGAUAUGACCGACGACGCAUUGCGGAAAAACUGGAAAAGGUCUUGGACGCAAAACAGAGCUCUAGACUAGCGGAUAAAUUGCAAGACAAACUAGAUGAAUAUCGUCGUAAAGCCAAAAAACGUAACGCCAGUGAGGAAACUGGUACAGAAAUGCCGAAAAAGUCUCGAUUCGAUAUGAAAGAGAAGAUCAGUAAAGCUACGGCCGCACCCGCUUUAACGCCAUUGGCCGCAGCUUCCGCGGUUGCGGCAAAUAUAAAUGCGGCUACCGCCACGCCUGCUGAGUCUACAGCAGGGCUGAAUUCGACACAAAUCAAAUUGAUGAUGGUUAAUGCUCAACGAGAAAUAGAAGAAAGAAAGCGUGCACUUAAUAAUCUGAAAGCUAAAGAUCCUAUUCUUGCGUCUGUCCCACAAAUCGGUUUACCAGUUGCUUUAGCUACGCAAGCACUAGCAAAGAAAUCUGCUGUACCAGAAGAUGCUGAAAAAGCCAAAAAGAUCGCAGAAUUACAAGCACAAAUACGUGCAAAAUUGUCUAAUCUAAUUCAACCACCGCAGGUGCAAGAUCGACCAAAACCUUUAAUUUUAGACGAAGAUGGACGAACAAUAGAUAAAAGUGGCAGAACCGUUAGCAUACCGACCCUUACUCCAACUUUAAAAGCAAAUAUACGCGCCAAAAAGCGAGAAGUAUUUAAUAGAAGUCAAGUUCAUGCAGAUCGACAUGCGCAGCAGGAGGACUCUGUAAAGUUCUUUGAUGAUCGUAUUGCCCAGAAACCUACUGUACGGACCAAACGUUCCUUACGCUUCCAUGAACCAGGAAAAUUUCAGCAAAUAGCAGAGCGUUUGCGCAUGAAAGCACAGUUGGAGAAACUUCAAAAUGAAAUUUCGCAAAUUGCACGCAAAACUGGUAUUAGUUCUGCCACAAAGUUGGCCCUCAUCGCGCCAAAACAAGAUACGCCAGACGAUGUGCCAGCAAUGGAAUGGUGGGAUUCUGUAAUUCUAACACAGGAUUUGAAUACGUCGGAUGAAAGUGGAAAGAUUAGUAUCAGGCACUCAGCCAUCACCAAUCUCAUUGAACAUCCCACACAAAUGAAGCCACCAAAUGAACCUUUAAAGCCAGUCUAUUUGCCUGUUUUUCUUACAAAGAAGGAGCGCAAAAAGCUUCGCCGUCAAAAUCGUCGGGAAGCAUGGAAAGAGGAACAGGAAAAAAUCCGUUUGGGUCUGGUAGCUCCACCUGAACCAAAACUUCGCAUUUCGAAUUUGAUGCGUGUUCUUGGUACUGAGGCUGCACAAGACCCAACUAAAAUUGAAGCACACGUACGCGAGCAAAUGGCUAAACGCCAAAAAGCACAUGAGGAUGCCAACAACGCAAGAAAACUAACAGCAGAGCAGAAAAGCGAAAAGAAAAUACGCAAGAUCAAAGAGGAUACUUCUUGCGGUGUCAACGUUAGCGUAUAUCGUAUACGAGAUUUACAAGACAAUGCUAGCAAGAAGUUCAAAGUGGAGACGAACGCCAAACAAUUGCACAUGACUGGUUCGGUGGUACUUUUUCGCGAUUGUUGCGUCGUCGUGGUCGAGGGUGGGCCAAAGCAGCAGAAGAAAUACCGUCGAGUUAUGCAGCACCGAAUCAAGUGGGAAGAGGAUAUGGUGAAAGGGCCCGACGGCCAAGAAAUACCGAACACAUGCGUGCUGGUUUGGGAGGGCACUAGUCAACGUCGACACUUCGGUGAAAUAAAAUUCAAAGUAUUUCCGAUGGAAAAAAUGGCACGGGAAUUCUUCCAGAAGCAUCAGGUUGAACACUAUUGGGAUUUAGCUUAUUCUGGCGCUGUUUUAGAAGCAUCUGCAGAUUCCUAAAAUCUAUUCAGAAGUUGAGUCUAAUACCUAAGGCAAAAUUUCGUUAUGUAAAUUUCGAUGAAAUAUUUUAGUUAAAAAAGUAAAUGUUUUUCUCUAUUUCGAA